AAUUAGCCCAGAAAGCACAGAAACUGAGGGCCAUUUUCCAUUACUUCAACACAGUGACAAAUAAAAGUGAUAAUCAAGAUCCAGCAAUACCAGAUGGACUGGUUACUUUUGAAAGGACUAGCAUUCAAAAAUCACAGCUCCCUAAAUGGAAAAAACAGAAGAAGACUCUGACAAACCUUCACAUCUCUCCAGAAGGAUCCAUUGAGCAUGAGGGUACAGGGAUGCUGCAGGUCAGUUUCAUCUAAACUUCAGUUUUGUACCUGUUCUUCAGUUUCAUCUACAUCACAUGGUUCUGGACAGGUGGAGUUUGCCAGCAAUUAUAUUGGUGGGGUGCUGGGAUCGGGACUGGUUCAGGAGGAGAUCCUCUUCUUCAUGAGUCCAGAGCUCAUCGUGGCCAGACUCUUCACUGAGAAACUGGCUGAUAACGAGUGCCUCAAGAUCACAGGUCCUCAGAUGUACAGCUUUACUUCUGGCUACAGCAAAACCUUUUCUUGGGUGGGUCCAUACAAUGAUUGCAUGAAGCGGGAUAACUGGAAGAGACGUUAUCGGCAGAUUGUUGCCAUCGAUGCUCUCGACUUCAAGAACCCGAAGGACCAGUACACUAAAGAGAACAUAAAACGAGAACUCAACAAGGCAUUCGUGGGAUUCCACGGAAAACCAGAAACAGCUAUCGCAACAGGCAACUGGGGCUGCGGUGCCUUCAACGGAGAUCCUAAACUCAAAGCUCUCAUCCAGUUGAUGGCUGCCGCCGUGGCUGGACGAGACGUGGCUUACUUCACCGCUGGCAAUAAAGAACUUGCAAAAGAAAUACAAAGAAUGCAUGAGAUACUGACCAUCAACAAAGUGACCGUGGGUAAACUGUACAAGUUGCUGAAGAAGUUCUGUGGAAACUACACUCAUGAAAGUGGCUCGCCAAUAGACCUGUACAAACUCAUCAGAGAGAAGAUCGGGCAGAAGGAUAAUUUAUUGUAAACAAAUGUAGCAAAAACAGUCCAGCAGUAUUAAAUAUGUAAAGCUAAACUCUGAAGGAACUGAAUAAUGAUACAACUGUAGGCCUACUACUAUACUAAAAAAGAAAAAGCGGUUGAAAUGUUUAUCUUGUAAGCUCACAGGUGUCAUAUAAAUCUAAUUAUUUACCUUAAUUAAAAAGCUUUAUAGUCAUUCAGCAUUUAUAUUAAUCAAAGGCCUCAGUAACAGCCAAUAAGGGACACAUUUCAUUUAUUUGUUAAUGCAAAAUAAAAAAAAAUGUCAUGGUGAAUUACUUGCAUCAAGUAUAAGUACAAACAACAGCAGAAUAAAACCCGAAUGCUUUUAUUGAAUAAAGUAAUAUGAUCAUUUUUUGGCUUAAUCUCAGCUUGUUUUUAGAAAUUACAAUAAAAUAAAAUGAAACCAACGUACCUUUUAAUUCACAUCCAUGGUGUAACAAUUUAGCAUCGGUUGCACUUUAACCGUUUCAGU